AUGUCAAACACUACUACCGCCCAGAACAAGGUCGAGUCCGAUCAACCCCAGCAACAAAAGCCCCAGGUCCUAGAGGAGGAUGACGAGUUUGAGGACUUCCCUGUUGAAGACUGGCCCCAGGAAGAAGCAGAGCAACCCUCCGGAUCGGCAAAUGGUACCAACGAGCACCUCUGGGAGGAGAGCUGGGAUGACGAUGAUGCGGCCGAGGAUUUCUCAAAGCAGCUGAAGUAG